CGGGACGGCGCCUCGCUGCCUUCCUAAGGGCGGGCGGUGUGGCUGGGAGCGAAGCGCCCUUCCCGGCCCUGUCCGGGUCCCCUGGCCGCGCCUUUCCCAGCCCCGGCUCCCGCGGCUCUGGGGACCAGAGGGUCAGGGGCUCGGGCGGGGGCCAGGCUUGGUCUGGGUCCCGGGUGCCGUCAGAGCUCCUUCUUUAGAGCGAUGGUCUAAAGAGAAUGCGGUCCUGAGCCGUGGCAUGCCAACCUGUAGGUCAGCCUGCAAGCAGGGAUUCCAUACGUGGCAAGGAGUCAGCUCGGAGGUCAGGGCGACAUGGCGAGCCUUCUGCGCAUUGCUGUCAGUGGGUGCUCCGUGCCUGUGCUCGGUGGUGUGAUACCUCCCAAGGUGCACUCCACAAAGAUGCCAUGUUUGCGAAUGUUUAGAACCCACCAGGUACUCUGGUCUCAGGCAACUCCGAAGCCAGGAAUCCCUUAUAAACAGCUAACUGUAGGUGUACCCAAGGAGAUAUUCGAGAAUGAGAAGAGAGUGGCUCUAUCACCGGCUGGAGUUCAAGCCUUGAUUAAGCAGGGCUUCAAUGUUGUGGUGGAGUCUGGUGCUGGAGAAGCCUCCAAAUUUUCUGAUGAUCAUUACAGAGAAGUUGGAGCAAAAAUCCAAGGGACCAAGGAAGUCUUGGGUUCUGAUGUGAUUGUAAAAGUGAGGGCUCCUAUGCAUAAUCCAACCUUAGGAGUACAUGAGGCAGACCUUUUUAAGACAGCACCUACCCUGAUUAGUUUUAUCUACCCAGCACAAAAUCCGGACCUCCUGAAAAAACUUGCAGAAAAAAAAACUACUGUCUUGGCUAUGGAUCAAGUUCCACGGGUCACCAUUGCUCAGGGAUAUGAUGCACUUAGCUCCAUGGCAAACAUUGCUGGUUACAAAGCUGUUGUAUUGGCAGCAAAUCACUUUGGUCGGUUUUUCACGGGUCAGAUCACAGCUGCGGGUAAAGUUCCUCCAGCUAAGGUCUUGAUCAUUGGAGGAGGAGUUGCUGGCCUGGCUUCUGCAGGAGCAGCUAAAUCAAUGGGUGCGGUGGUUCGUGGUUUUGAUACUAGAGCUGCAGCUCUGGAACAGUUCAAGUCUCUUGGUGCUGAGCCUUUGGAAGUAGACGUAAAGGAAUCUGGAGAGGGCCAGGGUGGUUAUGCUAAAGAAAUGUCGAAAGAAUUUAUUGAAGCUGAAAUGAAACUCUUUGCCAAACAGUGCCAAGAUGUUGAUAUUAUCAUCACUACAGCACUUAUUCCAGGUAAAAAAGCUCCUGUCUUGUUUAAGAAAGAUAUGAUUGAAUCUAUGAAGGAAGGUUCAGUUGUUGUGGACUUAGCUGCAGAAGCUGGGGGAAACAUUGAGACAACAAAGCCUGGAGAACUGUACGUUCAUAAGGGUGUUACACAUAUUGGCUACACAGACUUACCAAGCAGAAUGGCUACUCAGGCCAGUACUCUGUAUUCCAAUAAUAUUAUCAAACUCCUAAAGGCUAUUAGUCCUGACAAAGAGAACUUCUACUUUGAUCCAAAAGAUCAAUUUGAUUACGGUACUCUGGAUCAUGUAAUUAGAGGAACUGUAGUAAUGAAGGAUGGCAAGGUGAUUUUUCCAGCACCUCCACCAAAUAACAUUCCCCAAGGAGCCCCUGUGAAGCCGAAGACUGUAGCAGAGCUGGAAGCAGAAAAAGCAGCUACUAUUACACCUUUUAGAAAAACUAUGACUAGUGCAUCUAUAUACACAACAGGUCUAGCUAGCAUGUUAGGACUUGGCGUUGUUUCUCCUAAUACUGCUUUUGCGCAAAUGGUGACAACAUUUGGCCUAGCUGGAAUAGUGGGGUACCAUACAGUAUGGGGUGUGACUCCUGCUCUUCACUCUCCACUCAUGUCAGUGACUAAUGCUAUCUCGGGACUAACUGCAGUUGGUGGGCUGGUGUUGAUGGGAGGAACUUAUCUCCCUGAAAAUGCUCCUCAAAGUCUAGCAGUUCUUUCAGCCUUUAUCUCUUCAGUCAAUAUUGCAGGUGGGUUUCUAGUUACACAGAGAAUGCUGGAUAUGUUCAAACGUCCCACAGAUCCUCCUGAGUACAACUACUUGUACCUACUUCCUGGUGGUGUGUUUGUGGGAGGCUAUGCAGCUGCUCUCAGUGGUGGCUAUAGUAUUGAACAGAUGAUGUAUCUGGGCUCAGGCUUAUGCUGUGUUGGUGCACUAGCUGGUCUGUCCACCCAAGGAACAGCUCGUCUUGGAAAUGCUUUGGGAAUGAUUGGUGUUGCAGGAGGUUUAGCAGCAACUCUUGGAGGCCUUAAACCCUCACCUGAAUUGUUGGCUCAGAUGUCAGGUGCAAUGGCACUUGGUGGCACCAUAGGUUUGACAAUUGCUAAACGCAUCCAGAUUACAGAUCUGCCUCAGCUAGUAGCUGCUUUUCAUAGUUUGGUUGGUUUGGCAGCUGUGCUCACCUGUGUAGCCGAAUACAUGAUUGAGUAUCCUCACUUUGCUAUGGAUCCAGCUGCAAACCUUACCAAGAUUGUGGCAUACCUCGGAACAUACAUUGGAGGAGUGACUUUUAGUGGCUCUCUUAUUGCUUACGGAAAGCUGCAAGGUAUCCUGAAUUCUGCGCCCCUGCUCUUGCCUGGUCGGCAUGCACUGAAUGCAGGGUUACUGGCUGCCAGCAUUGGUGGGAUGAUUCCAUACAUGAUUGAUCCUAGCUACACUACUGGGAUUACUUGUCUUGGUUCUGUGUCAGCUCUCUCAGCCAUAAUGGGUGUCACUUUAACAGCAGCUAUUGGAGGUGCUGACAUGCCUGUAGUUAUUACCGUCCUGAACAGUUAUUCUGGAUGGGCCUUGUGUGCUGAGGGCUUCCUACUGAACAACAACUUGCUGACCAUUGUUGGUGCACUCAUUGGAUCCUCUGGGGCCAUCCUCUCUUACAUCAUGUGUGUGGCUAUGAACCGUUCCCUUGCAAAUGUGAUUCUAGGGGGCUAUGGCACCACAUCGACAGCUGGUGGAAAGCCUAUGGAAAUCACUGGAACCCACACGGAAAUUAAUGUAGACAAUGCAAUUGAAAUGAUAAAAGAAGCAAAUAGCAUUAUUAUUACUCCAGGCUAUGGUUUGUGUGCAGCAAAAGCUCAGUACCCCAUAGCUGAUCUAGUGAAGAUGUUGAGAGAACAAGGGAAAAAUGUUAGAUUUGGUAUUCACCCUGUGGCUGGCCGUAUGCCUGGCCAGCUGAAUGUUCUCCUAGCAGAAGCCGGUGUUCCCUAUGAUAUUGUUCUGGAAAUGGAUGAGAUCAAUGAAGACUUCCCAGACACUGACUUAGUCCUUGUAAUUGGUGCAAAUGAUACCGUUAAUUCAGCAGCUCAGGAAGAUCCAAACUCUAUCAUAGCUGGAAUGCCAGUUCUUGAGGUCUGGAAGUCCAAACAGGUCAUUGUAAUGAAGAGAUCUUUGGGAGUCGGAUAUGCAGCUGUGGACAAUCCAAUCUUCUAUAAACCCAAUACUGCCAUGUUGUUGGGAGAUGCUAAGAAGACUUGUGAUGCCCUGCAGGCCAAAGCCAGGGAAUCUUAUCAAAGCUAAAUACUGAUUUGUAUUCAACUCACAGUAGUGACUACAGUUUUGUCACAGAAGUCAUGGAAAACAAGAUUUGGAAGUAUCUCUUACUGUCAUAAUGCAGCCAACAUUUGCAGAAGACAGCAUUGACUCCUAGGAGAUAUAGUUGAGUGAGAGAUGCAGGUUUUUAUGAAAGGAUGGGCACAUCAGCCCAUCAAACUAAAUCUCCCAUGAGGCAAUGCGUUAGAAUGAACAUAUGCUUUCUAAGGUUAAUGUUGAGCUGUUGGAAGCAGGAGGUAAUUACUCUUUGUUAUCUUUAAGUGGUUAUUGGCUUCUUUCUUCUAUCUAUGCUUCUGUCAUGGAAAUCCACUAAAAAUUGCUGUGCCAAGAUUGUAUUCUGUCUUAUCAUUAAAGCUGUCCUUUGGCCAGUAUGAACAAAAAUAGCUAUUUAUUUCAUCAAAAUAUAAAGUAAAAUUACAAUCAGAUGUGAACAGAUGCAAAUAAAUCCUUACAUGAUUUGAGAUUCCAAUCAUAAUACUAUGUUAAAUCUCUGUAAAGAAUUGAACUGUUCCUUUUGUGGAUUGUAUGGGUGCUGUGAAUCAGGAGCAUAGGAAAGUUACUCUUCUUUAAAAUACAGUCCAACUUUUCUGUAGUGUCCACUUAGAUUAUGUGGAAUAAAACUGGGGAUUUCAGGGACCUACCAAGUGAUCUUCAAACCUGACAAGGAAGUGUACAUCUGCACUGCUUAAAUGUUCACAGCAGCUGCUAGAUUCUCCAUCUUUUCCACUUGUUGCCUUUUUAAAUUUUAUGAGAAAACAUAGUCCAGUUCUGCACAGCCAAAACACAUUGCAUAUCUGGUCUGUUCACAGAAUCUGGACUGCAGUGUUUCAGUUUUUAUUCACUUAGAUAUUUAAAUGUAUUGACUAUUUUAAAAUUUAGUAAUGCUUUCUUAAUCAACAUUUUUGUGAUGCUGAAAAUGGCACUUUUAAACAUAUUUAAGAUGCUGGAGUUUAUUAGAUUUUUUUUUUAAUAAGCUAUUGUUUGGACAGCACAGAAACGUACCAAACUUAAAAUCCAGUGUUUUGAUUAUUUGACUUCUCCUUAAUCCAAUUUAAAGCACUGUUUAAAUUCCCACAACAAAUUCAGCAAAGAAUUAAAUUAUGGCAUAGAUUGCUGUUUUAUUUUUAUUGUGCUAAGUGUACUUGAGUGGAACUCAAAUAUUUGACUAAUAAAAUGCAUUUAUCGUGUUUGCAUAAUGAUGUAGCAACUGUCCAUGGUGACAAAGGCUAAAUAAAAAUAGUUUUACUUGUAUAGAAAGCAUUAUUAUUUGGGGAUAAUAACUUACUAUCAAGUAAGUCUUGAAAUUAGUCCAUCUGUACUGACAGAACAAAUGUCUUUGUAUUAUGCCAUUUAUUGAGACCUCAUAUAAAAUAUAGUAUUUCCACGUAGCUACCUCUGUUUUUAUGUGAAGAUCACUUAAAACACAGACUUUAAACAGGUAAUGCAGGAAGAAAUGUAACAGUAUAUAAAAGCUACCCUUUUGGAAAUCUUUUUUGUAUAAUUUGAAAAUAAAAAUUAUCACAUAAGUAUUAAGAUGUUGUACGCUGCAGGAAAUUACUUGUAAUUAAAUUAUAACUUUAAAACAUUGCAGCAGCUUUGUUUGAAUGUAGAGUGUGAUCUCUUAAUAUCAUUAUAUUCAGUUUUUCUUUAAGGUAUGAAAAAAAAAUCUUUCACAAUUAUGCAAAAAAAGGGAGUUGAAGGGAUUUAACAUACUAAAGCAUUAGUUUUUGUCUUGCUAAAGUUCAGGUAUCUAACUGUAGUAUGCAACAUGUCUUUGCUUAUAAGUAUUUAAUACAAGACUCAGCUCUUAAAAAAGGUGGGGAGAUGGAGAGAAUUCUUUUUUCCUUUGUAUUUGAAGACAAAAAUGUACAGUUGGAUUAGAGGUACCAGUCUGAUCAUUAAAACUGUGCUUUAACAUGGAAAGUCAGGUAGUUGUUGAAGUACUAAUAAAAAAUCAGUUAUUUUUCUUUAUUGA